GAACAAACCGCAAUUAUCUCCUACGAGGGUGCAUAAAUUUCACGGACGUUCUCAUGGUGCGGUCGCGUUUUCUUUUGACAAAAAACGAGGUGAGAGGGACAGAGACGGAUUCCGAAGGAACAAUGGCAACAACAACGAGCAAGGGAAAAUGAAAUUACAGGGGGAAAGCGCAGACGCAUAUCGGCCCUUCCGGCCUGUGCCGUAUGCGAAGCACAGAGAACGCUAUUUUCACACUCGGGGCCGCGCCGACUGACAAGAUCUUCUUCAAGGUCUCGAGCACCCGAGCACGCCAUACAUCGAGGCUUAGCGUCGUCGAUGUUUUCAUUUUAAGCGUUUCUUUUUUUUUUCUUUUUUUCUUGUUACACCGAAACACGAGUCCACCACAGGGUUUAAGAAAGAGAGGAAGAACAGCACACUGCGUGUAACAUCACACGCGGUGCGUGCGUCAGGGAGACAUGCAUCACCCCGUUCACGCUAGAUUGACUGACAGCCAUGCGAGCACCUGAUAUGCUAACUUCGCGCAGAGGUGCACAAGGCGGCACCAAAGGGUGUCGGCGCACUGCGGCGCCCGCCUUGUGUACGUGCCUGCGCGAGCAUGCGGCCGCAUUGGAAGACUAUAGGUGCGAGCUCCUGGGCAUCCGUCUUUCUUAUUUUUUUUUUCUUGCGCGGGGGGGGGGGGGGUGGUAGAGAGGGGACGGCAACCUUCGAGCAGAUUGGCCGAGUAAUACCACCGGCGGUGACGUAACGAACUCCUCCUCGCCACGUCCGGCAUCGCGAUCAGCAGAAGGCAACCCACAAGGUAUACGCUCAGCCGUGGAAGUCGCGUCUGCCUGGUGACAGGUCGCGUCGACGGGUGUGCGUCCCUACAACGUCGAAAAUCACCAUGGACUCAUUACCUGAGAAAAUUGGGGUGCUUCGGGACCGGAAAGUCGAGUUGGACGAGUGCAACAACAACUCGCAGAACGAGAGCCACCUGCUGUCGAGGGCAGUGAGCGCACUGGGCGACGAGGCGCUCACCGUCGUGACUGUGCAAACGAAAGGCGGUGACGCGGAGAGAGUCAGCGGCUUCGAUGGCAGGAAAGAGAAGUCGCGCAGCCCAUCGGCGGGCAGCGUCCGAAGCGCCAAGUCGUCCGGGGUCACGUGGAACGAGAGCGUGGUCGAGCACUCCGUUCAGAGCACGACUAGGUACUCAAAGGAUGAGGACGUCUUGAGACCAAGGUACACGGGCGGGUUUCUUCCGACUUCCUCGGCAAUAACACAACAUCAAAAUGCAGAGGAAUUUCUCCUCACCGCGUGUGUCGGCUUCGUUUUCUUUUGCAGGAGUUUCUUCAGUAUCGUGCUUAGUUGCAUCUAUGGAGUGUUCGUCUUCACCAUGGGUUCCACUUUCUGCGUUACCGACCGAGUUCUGGACGAAUUUCAUGCGCCCGAGAUCUUCAGCAUCGUGAUCGCGUCGGUGGGCAUGAGCUGGCUGGCGCUGUUCCACGUGGACAUCCUGUGGUACAAGCACUCGGCCAGCCGCCAGGUGCGCUCCAAGGUGCGUCCCUCGCAGAGCGGACUCUACGUGCACAGCGCCGCCAGCGUGUUCAGCACGUACGCCCGCAAGACUCCCGCGCCGCAGCUGUGGUUCCUGAGCGGACGGCACAGCGGCAGUUUCUACCUCAAGGGCGGCAUGGUCGUCUUCUGCUUCUGCCAUUUGGUGAACGAAGGCCUUUUGCUACAACGUAGCAUUCAAGCUCUGCUGUGGCGCGGAUGCAACGCAAAGGACGUCCUCAACAUAGUUUUCCAUGUACAAAGACCGACAUACUCCUUUUACCAGCUCUUCAUGGCUUUCAAGUACUCAAACAUUGUGAUAAACCACUCGACUGGUCUCGCUAGGUUCGGUCUUAUGCACAUGAUUGGUACUUGCCUGCACUUUUGGUUCAGCAGCAUCGUGCAAGAGUACCGGCAUAACACUCAUUACGGCGAUGACAACGGUUACUUGGCAGUGGCGAACGAGACAGCUUACAAGUCCCUUGGCAACGACUCGAUCACCAACGGGGGUCCCAUGUUCAACACGAUUGCCAUCACGCCCUACCUGCACCCGUUCACCAUCGAAUACAACAUCAUCCUGGCGGGCGUCUGGUUCAUCGUGUGGCAGAACGUGGGCACCGAACCGAGCCACCACUUCGCGCGGCGGGAGUCGGUGUCCGAGUCGAGCGCGGAGCAGCAGCACGACGCCAGCUACCACAGCAACCUGGUGGUCAGCGCCGAUUGCCACGCCGCCAACAAGGGCCUCUUCGCCGGCAUCUUCCUCCUGCUCACGGCCAUCGUGUCGCUCGUCAUCGGCCAGGUGGCCUUCAGUGGGCCCGACUUCGACGGCGUCGAGAGCAUAAUCUUCCUCGUCCAAGACACUGGUCUCAUCGUCGUGUCGCUCCUGGCCGUCGUCUGGGGCUACGUCGAGAUCUCCAAGCUAGACUUCAACGUCCACCCCAUCACGCUUCUCGACGACGUGCUGCUGUACGUGCCGCUGCCCUUCUACUUCGUGUACUACAUCAUGUCCGUCACGGCCGACGUGUGGCACUGGAACUUCACCAGCGUCGUCAGCCAUCUGCUCACCGUGGCCCAGGUGGUGCUGCAGACGAUAUUCCUGAGUGAUGGCCUCCGGCGAUGUAGCAAUGCGAGACGACACCGGUUCACCAAGCCGGGAAGGGAGAUGGUCACGUUCCUCAUCAUCUGCAACGUCACCAUCUGGGUGACCAACACGUUCAACAUGGAGAAGUACCAUCUGAACCAGUACGUUCGCCUCUGCUUCGGCGACGACGCCUGGGUCAUGGUCAAACACGCCACAUUCCCGCUGAUGCUCUUCUACCGUUUCCACGCUUCCGUGUGUCUCGCCGAUAUCUGGAAGUCCGCCUACGAGAGUGGAGAUUGAACGCCCGUGAUGAACUCGUUUGUAACUCAGACGCGUACACCAUCAUCAAAACGGAAAGUCUCAGCAAGAAGUGUUUUUGGUAUUUUUCUUUGUUUGUUGUAGUAGCUAUAAGGCGAUCGUUGUUGUAGCUGUCAUGUUUGCUGCUGUCGUUGUAUGUUUAUCGUCGUGCAGUGGAGCGGUAAUUUAAAGACAGGGUGGCAUUGUUUUUGUAUUUCAUGGGUGAAUUCCAAGCCAAGAUGCUGUCACUCACUUCGCUAACUGUUUUGUUGAGUACGCAAUUACCGUCAGCCUCAGGGCGGUCAAAGAACGCACAGUGAAUUUGGCUCUGGAUUGCUCGUGUCCGUUGUUUAUGAGGUUAUGUUUAGAAUAACCUUCUGUGAAGGUUAUUAAUAUAUUAUAUUGCUGUCACUAUUGCUGCGGCUAUUUGUUACGUUUUGAGUAAGUGAGUGAAACAACUUUAUUGAAGACACCAGAGGAUUGAGGCCUGGGCCUAGACCGCGCCAGGAGUGGUAGAGAGACCCUGUCUCCCAGCCGCUUCUCGAGCUCGCUGGAUGGCCUAUAGUUGGUCUUGGAGAUCUCAGCUGAUCAGCGUGGCUUUCCACCUUACGUCUUGUCUCAUGUCAUUUUUCACGGCAUCGUGGUGCUCUGUCAUGUCACAGCAGGCCUUUGGCAGUCAUGUAUAUACUUAGAAAAUAACACUUAUACUGAAAGUAUCGAUACGUGUCUUCCCUCGUGAGAUGCAAAACCUAUCGUCGAGAUAACUUUAGCCAAGGUGCCAAACGAAAAUAAAAAAAAUUCGGCACAUUCAGCGAGCCUUGCUGGAAUCUACAUACAGCGAAAUUUUGUUUAAAUACAUAAAGUGUGUUGGAACGCACUUGUUACUUUUUGUGUUGCUGCAAAGUCCUAUGGAAAGCCCUCGCCCAAACCGCAUCAUCCACUUUGCAAGAAGUCCAAACGCAGCCCCUUCGCAUCUGCUUGGGUAUACGCGCGCAUUCGCCCUCGCCCCCACCUGCUUUACGCAAUGUGACACUCUCGGCGAUAAUCUCAGAGCUAGAAGUAGGACGAACUGAGCAAGUUGGUAGGUGUUCGUCGUUGACUCUU